AAAAAAUCUACAACUCAAUUGCAAAGAUUGGUUGUAGUUUUUUUGGUUAAGUUUUUCAUUUUUUGUUUAAUUUUUAACAAAAAGUGGCACAAAUCGGGUUGGACACCGCUCCCAGAGCAUUAAUGGCUCAACCUAGGUAUGACGAUGGCCUGCAUGGCUAUGGUAUGGAUUCGGGUGCUGCAGCAGCUGCCAUGUAUGAUCCACAUGUUGGUCAUCGGCCGCCUGGUUUACAAGGCCUACCAUCACAUCAUUCACCACACAUGACACACGCUGCUGCAGCAGCGGCCACAGUUGGCAUGCAUGGCUAUCAUACAGCCGGUGCGGCUGGUGGCCAUGGUACACCUAGUCAUGUAUCACCGGUUGCUAAUCAUUUAAUGGGUGCAAUACCCGAAGUACAUAAACGUGAUAAGGAUGCUAUAUAUGAACAUCCCCUAUUCCCGCUGUUGGCACUAAUAUUUGAAAAAUGUGAAUUGGCCACAUGUACGCCCAGAGAACCUGGUGUGCAAGGUGGUGAUGUAUGUUCGUCAGAAUCGUUUAAUGAAGAUAUUGCAAUGUUUAGUAAACAGAUCAGAUCACAAAAACCCUACUACACAGCAGAUCCCGAAGUAGAUUCACUGAUGGUGCAAGCAAUACAAGUACUUCGGUUUCACCUUUUAGAAUUAGAAAAAGUACAUGAAUUAUGCGAUAAUUUCUGUCAUCGAUAUAUCUCAUGUUUAAAGGGUAAAAUGCCAAUAGAUUUAGUAAUUGACGAACGGGACACCACCAAACCACCAGAAUUGGGUUCAGCUAAUGGUGAAGGAAGAAGUAAUGCCGAUUCAACAUCACACACCGAUGGAGCUAGUACACCAGACGUUCGGCCUCCUAGUUCAUCUUUAUCAUAUGGUGGAGCCAUGAACGAAGAUGCUAGAUCGCCGGGCGCUGGUAGUACACCUGGUCCCUUAUCUCAACAACCACCUGUCCUAGAUACAUCAGACCCUGAUGGUAAGUUCUUAUCAUCACUAAAUCCUACAGAACUAACAUAUGAUGGUCGAUGGUGUCGAAGAGAAUGGUCAUCACCUGCCGCCGAUACUAGAAAUGCCGAUGCCUCAAGACGGUUAUAUUCCUCAGUCUUCCUGGGUAGUCCCGACAAUUACGGCACAAGUGCAAGCGGCGAUGCCAGCAAUGCCAGUAUAGGCAGCGGGGAGGGCACGGGCGAAGAGGAUGACGAUGCAAAUGGCAAAAAGAACCAAAAGAAACGUGGCAUUUUCCCAAAAGUAGCAACAAAUAUUUUAAGAGCGUGGCUGUUCCAACAUUUAACGCAUCCCUACCCCUCCGAAGAUCAGAAAAAACAAUUGGCACAAGAUACCGGCCUGACGAUAUUGCAAGUUAAUAAUUGGUUCAUUAAUGCGAGACGAAGAAUUGUCCAGCCAAUGAUUGAUCAAUCAAAUCGUGCAGUCUACACCCCACAUGCUGGUCCCUCCGGUUACGGCCAUGAUCCCAUGGGCUAUAUGAUGGACAGCCAAGCACAUAUGAUGCAUCGUCCACCAGGCGAUCCCGGUUUCCAUCAAGCCUAUCCCCAUUAUCCACAUGCUGAAUACUACGGUCAACAUUUGUAAUCCAAUUUAGCGCAAUAAAUCUCAUCAAACUUAUU